CCAUGGUUCAUUCUGAUUGAUCUCGCUCUCAACCUCGUUUUCGUAGAUUUCAUCCAAUUACUUUGCAAUAUGGAAAAUAAUGCUAUUCAAGUAUGCAUUCCAACGCCAAUAAAUGUAAGUUCAGGGGGCUAUUGGGGGGAUCGAGGGUAUAGUGUUAAUGAAUAUUCAUUGCCGAGAUUGGAGCUUCAGGCUGGAAUAGUUCUCGGACCUGGACUUAGAAAACUCGUAAAGGACAAAUAUGAAAACAUGGAAGUGCUUGGAACCACAGCUGCUAUAGGCUUUGUGUUGUUUGUUUUCCAAUGUGCGGUGAAAACAGAUUUAGGAAUGAUGAAGAAAUCGGGGAUAAUGCCUUGGUGCAUUGGUGUUUUGUCCUUGUAUUUGCCUAUAUAUUUUGGUUACUCGAACACGUUAUCUAUACGGCGAGAUCGCAGGUAUCAACACAAUACUAUUAAGAAUCUGCGACCUCCGCUUUUGUCAUCAAUUUUCGCCAUGACAUCCUUUCCAAUGGUAGCAAUGCUCCUUGAAGAGCUGAAAAUCUUGAAUUCUGAACUCGGCAGACUGGGAUUAUCAUCAGCCCUUGUGGCUGACCUAUUAGGCUUAACCACUUCUGUGGUUAACGAGAUGAUAAAUUUAGAAAAGGUAGCAAGACAUGCUUCAUCCAAAGAUUUUCCAUACUAUUCAGUGAUGCUAGCGUCACCUAUUUUGGCCGUCAUUGCUGCCGUAUUCCUGCUCAGGCCAGCGAUGAAGUGGGUGGUUAGAAACACUCCUGAAGAUAGGCCCGUGAAAGAUUUCUAUGUUUAUGCCAUCCUAUUUUUGGUUCUGUUGACAACUUACGUUACAAGAUUUAACACCGUUUUCCUCGUCUGGUUUCCUUUAGUUAUUGGGUUGGCCGUGCCAGAGGGACCGCCAUUUGGGUCUACUUUGGUGAGCAAGUUUGAUGGCAUCCUCAAUGGGCUUUUAUUGCCCAUUUGCGUCGCAACCAUCUCCUUGAGAUUUAAUUUCUCGUCUGAAGACUUGGGGAACAAACUUGUGCACAAGUAUACAUUUCUUUGCUUGGAAACAUUGGUCGUUAAAUUCUGUGUAUCGUUCGUGCUAUCCCUAACGUUAUGCAAAAUGCCCAUAAAAGAUUCCGCAUCACUUGCUCUCAUCCUGAACAAUAGAGGCGUUGUUGACAUCGGAUUAUUUGCUUUUACUUAUGAUUACGUGAAGAUAAAUGAUGCUUUGUACACUAUGAUUUCACUUAUCUUUGUUGCCAUGGGAACUACUGGACCAGUACUCGUGAAAUUGCUGUAUGAUCCCUCAAAAAAAUAUGCAGCAUAUCAGAAAAGGAACAUUGCGGAUUUGAAGCGAAACAGUGAGCUGCAGAUAGUUGCUUGCAUCCAUACACCAAAUGAUGUUAUACCAAUGAUCAAACUUUUGGAUGUCACGUGCCCGAAUAAAGAAAAUCCCCUGGCCAUCAAUGUUCUUCACCUAGUAAAGCUCACCGGCCGGGCAUCUUCACUUUUCAUUUCCCACCAGAAGCAAGCCAAGACCACAUCUGAUUUAUCCUAUUUUGGAAACGCUACUUUUCUCUUUUACCAAUUCGAGCAAAGCAACUGGGGGGCUGUGUCCGUAAAUGUCUUCACCGCGGUCUCUCCACCUAACUCAAUGCAUGAUGAUAUUUGCAAUCUUGCAUUCGACAAACAGUCAUCCCUAAUCCUGCUACCGUUCCAUCAGAGAUGGUGUCCUGAUGGAACUAUUGAGUUUGAGGACAACGAAAUAAGGACCCUUAACUCUCAAAUUCUAAAUGUAUCACCAUGUUCUGUGGGAAUUUUCAUUGACCGUGCCACACUAAGUCACCAUGGCACUGUAAGUCGAUCCAUUUCCACAGCAUCAAGAUCAUCAUCUUCAGCUACAUCAUUCAACGUCGCCAUGAUUUUCCUAGGAGGUGCUGAUGACAGAGAGGCAUUGAUUUUCGCCAAACGCUUUGCCCAAAACGACAGGGCUAGCUUGACUGUCAUUGCCCUCGAAGCAAAUACCAACACAGGUAUGCCCGAGUGGGACAUAAUGCUUGAUUCUGUUGUGUUAAGGGAUGUGAAAAGUACUGAAGGGAUCAAAUACAUGGAGACGGUUGUCAAAGUGGGAUCGGAAACUGCAAUGAUUCUUCGGUCAGUAGCUAGUGAAUACAACUUGGUAGUGGUUGGAAGACGAAAUAAUAUAGACAGUCCCCAAACGUCAGGUCUAAAAGAAUGGAGUGAAAUCCAUGAGCUUGGGGUUAUUGGUGACUUGCUUGUAUCGAAAGAUUUAGAAGGGACAUGCUCGAUUUUAAUCAUUCAGCAACAGAAGGUAAAGCGGUAAGCCAAAUGUACAAUUAGCACCUUUUUUUCAAGGAAUAUACCUUAUUUUUUUCAAAAUGGAUUAUCUUGACACAUGUUGAGAUUUAAGAUCAUUCAAUCAACUAGCUCCCUAGGUCAAUUGGUUCAUCCUCAAAGCCUUAGAGCUUGACAUAUAAAGGUUGGAUUGAGUUCAACUCCAACUGAAGCUUUGUAAAGUAUCCCCUGCCCCAAAUUCCCCACCUUUUUGUUCAAGAAAUGUACAUUACUUUU